AUGGACAAGUCAUCUGUGAUGGACAGAAUGAUAGCGGGUAGCAUAGCAGGGUCAUCUGAGACAAUCAUCACAUACCCAGCGGAAUUCUGCAAGACAACGCGACAACUCCAGACACCUGGAAAGGCAACAUCGGUAUCCUCGCUCUCGAUUUUGAAGUCCACAUACAACUCUUCCGGCAUUCAGGGUAUCUACCGCGGUUGCCGUGCCCUAGCCAUCUCGAACGCCGCCAAGUCAGGGAUUCGAUUUCUUUCCUUCGAAACAUCCCGCGACUAUCUCGACAGAAUGUUUGAUACUAAACCAGGAAGGCGCAGUCCUUGGGUUAACGCGUUAAGCGGACUUAGUGCCGGCGUGACGGAGAGUGUGCUGGUGGUCACACCUGGUGAGGCGCUUAAGACUAAGAUCAUUCACGAUUCGACAGCGGGAGGCAGGCGUUUUGGAAACAGAGGACUGCUAGGAACCACAAGCGUGGUUAUCCGGGAGGAGGGGGUGCGAUCUUUGUGGAGUGGACUGGUCCCUGUGCUGUGCAAGCAGGGAACGAACAGCGCGGUGCGGUUCACGACGUUUUCAAUGAUGCAAGAGAAGGUGAUAAACCGAUGGCCACAACUAGAAGGGAACCUUGGCUGUACGUGGCUUCUUGGAGCUUUGAGCGGUGCUAUAACUGUGUAUGCUUCGAUGCCUUUUGACAAUGCGAAGACCAAGUUGCAGAGUGUUGGCGCGAGGUAUACGGGGAUGAUGGAUUAUGUUGCACAAACCAUCCAGUCCCGCGACAUUCGUGGUUUCUGGAGAGGGACGUCACCGAGACUGGUCCGAUUGACCCUUUCGAGCAGCAUCACGUUCACAGUGUAUGACCAAGUUGUUCAGGCGAUGAAGUCUGUCUAA